UUCCCAUCUGUCAAGUGGUCGACAAGUCAGAUUUGUUGGGAAUCACACUCGCAAUGAACACAAUCUAGACUUAUCACUUUUCCAAAAUUUGAAGUGCCCCAAAAUGUUGGCUCUGGCCAGGAACUCGUGGUGUGGCCAAAUGCUGGGCCGCCUGGCAAACAUCGAAGCCCGCACCCCAAGGCCGUACUCGAAGCCCUCCUCCGGUGGCAAUCAGCCGGAUAAAAAGGGAAAGUACCGGAUUGUGAUGGUGCGGCACGGGGAGUCCGAGUGGAACCAGAAGAACCUAUUCUGCGGCUGGUUCGAUACCAAGCUGUCGGAGAAGGGGCAGCAGGAGGCCUGUGCGGCCGGCCGUGCCCUCAAGGAGGCCAAAAUGGAGUUCGACGUGGCCCACACCUCGGUGCUGUCCAGAGCCCAGGACACCCUCACGGCCAUCCUGAAGUCCAGCGAGCACCGCCCCAUCCCAGUGUGCACCUCGUGGCGCCUCAACGAGCGUCACUACGGCGGACUGACGGGUCUGAACAAGGCCGAGACGGCCAAGAAGUUCGGCGAGGAAAAGGUCCAGAUCUGGCGCCGCAGCUUCGACACCCCGCCGCCGCCCAUGGAGCCGGACCACGAGUACUACGCCUGCAUUGUAGAGGAUCCACGCUAUGAGGGCCAUCUUAGUGCUUCGGAUUUCCCCAAGUCGGAGUCCCUCAAGCUAACAAUCGAACGCACCUUGCCCUACUGGGACGAGGUGAUAGUGCCGCAGAUCAAGGAGGGCCUGCGCAUCCUGGUGGCCGCCCACGGCAACAGCCUGAGGGGCGUGGUCAAGCACCUGGAGUGCAUCUCCGACCAGGACAUCAUGGACCUCAACCUGCCCACGGUCAUACCCUUUGUCUACGAACUGGACGAGAAUCUCAAGCCCCUCGCCACACUGAGAUUCCUCGGCGAUCCGGAGACGGUCAAGAAGGCCAUGGAGUCGGUGGCCAACCAGGGAAAAGCCAAGUGAUUUGGGCAGUCCAAGGUCAGCAAUCAGCUCAAUGCACUUGCAUGCCAAACAAAAAGAGCGGAUCGAAACUAUGGCAAUGCGAAUGUCAAGCAGCAAAUAAAUUUAUUUGAUUUUAA